UUUCUUUCUUUCCUCUUAGACAUAGAUGUGACUAGUGGAUACCAAGUAAACCCAGAAGAUAUAGAAGACAUCAAGUUAAAGUUAAUGCUUGUUGUCUCAUUGCUGACCCUCUUACUUUUUGUCCUCUUCUUGGCAAUCUGUAGUGCCCUUUUGUACAAAAUGAAGGCAGCAAAUUAUAAUAAGGCAAGUGCCAGUGAAUACACCGUCAACCCUGAACUGGCUGAAAUAUCAUACUUCCAUCCAUCAGAAGGCAUAUCGGAUACAUCCUUUUCUAAGAGUGGCGAGAGCAGCACGUAUUGGGGAAACACUUCUUCAGAAAUGAGAAAAUCAGAGACAAUAGAGAUAAAAACCAUCUCGAAGGACACUUCCCUAGAAUCAGAUGAAACAGGCUUGAUUGAGGAGUCAGACAUACCUCAGAGUGAGGAACUCAGUGAAGGAACUCGCACUAAUAAAUAGAUGACUAAAAAGCUUUUUUACUCAGUUAUUUAUUUUUGGUCAUAAAAACCUCUGUGGCUUACAUUAAUACCAUGAUUCAGAGAACUUUAAUUUUUCUGCUGUGUGAAGAGGAGGAUAUUUUUUCUCAGUUAGACCAUGUAAUGGGAA